ACUGCAACAUCAACGAGUCUGCCACCUUGGUAGCCAACAGCUGAAACAUUUAGACUGCAUCUGUGCAUAUUUUCCUCUUUGUUUUAAAUAUACUUCUGACAUCUAGUUAAUUGCCCCCAUUUAAAUGUUAUACGUACAUUGUUAGUCAACUAGCUGGCUUUAUAAGUUAGCCUAGCGCUAAACUAGUCGCUCAUGCUAACAACUAGCUAGCUAACGUCUCCGACCAUGAGCUCACUAAGCUACUCUCCUCCUGCUAAAGAAGAGGGGGUCUGCUGGACGGAGAAAUAAGCUCUGGGCUGAACGUUGUCGUGAAAGAGGAGGAUGUUACAGUAAAACAAGUAGAGGGCGAGGCUGUUACAGUGAAAGAAGAGAAAGAUGUUUCAAUGAAAGAAGAGGAUGUUACAGUAAAAGAAGAAGAGGAAGGGAAAGAGGAGGAUGCAGUUUAAGUGAAUGAGGUGAAAGAGGGAGAGAGAACUGUCGUAUUGACAGAGGAGUCAGGAGAUCUGUUUACCACCGGAGAGAGACCAGACUCUGACAGAGGGAAGAGUUCCUCAGAGGAAACAGACCCGGAGACGCCUAACCAACACCACUGCUCCCACUGUGGAAAGAGUUUUAGGUGGUCAGGGAGUCUGAAAAAGCAGAUAUGUUUUGAUGUGAGAGGAUGCCAAUCCCCAGUCCCAUCAUCGCCACCUCACCUGCUUUUAAGAUAACCUUUGGGCCGACUAGAGACACUAUUAUGUAAUUGUGAUGAACUGAGAGAAUAUUUAGCUGCCUUCCCUGCUCCUAUGCACAUUUAUUUGCCAAGGAUGCCGGUGGGCGGAGUUGAGAGGGUCGUCAGCUACAUGGGAAACACCUGGGCCCAGGUGUUUCCCAGGAUAAAUACACCCCUUCCCCAUUCAUGGAGGAGACUCUCUCCAUGCAGACAUUUGUAGAUUGUGUUGUGGUUCUUGGUGGCCUUUUUGUUUGUUUGCUUUGGCACUUUUCAACACCCUGCAUUAUCACAUUCAUGCAUACAAAACACUCACUUACGCUACUGAUUACACACAUCAUUGUAUAUUUUCCUUCAUUGCUUUAGUUAAUAAAUAUAUAUUUUGUUACUCCUUAUCUCUACGUUGUCUCCCUUUGUUACGGGCUUUGAGCCGGUUCGUGACAUGAGCCAAUAAGAGGAGUUACUGUAGGUGUGACGUAAGAAUGACAAAUGAAUAAAACGUGUGUGCUGGAAGGCCGUUGUCCGGCCCGGCUUUUAUUAUGUAAUUAAGUAAUAAAAAGUCAAUUUGAACUCACAUGCUCCGGUAUUUGUGAUUUGUGAAUUAACUUUAUGAUUAAAAAAAUGCAUAAUCGUUUGUCUCUACAUUAACUAAGAUGCGAUGGAACGGUUGACGAAAAAUGAAACCACAGAAAAAAUAGCGAGCGUUACCGAGCGUUACCCUCUCGUCAGAAUAUGACGAUGUGCGACUUUAAGGCAAUGCUGUUUGUGUGACGUUUAAUCUAGUGGACGGAACGCUUCUUUCAGUAGCAGCAACAGUUAGUCAGACACCUCCGUAGCUUGCUAGACAAAAUAGGCGAGCCAAUAAAGCUCUUUAGACGCGUUCGUGUGUAUUAGACACUGUGUUUUAAACCCACUUCUGUCGUCUAGUUAGUUAUCCGGUUUAAUUUCAUAUUUACGGUGUUGUUAUUAUUCAGCUAGCGGGCUGGUUAAGUUAGCAUUAGCCUAGCUAGCUAAUAUCCCCGACCAUGCGGUCACUAAGCUACUCUCCACCUACUAAAGAAGAGGUGGGUAUCACAGUAAAACAAGAAGUAGAGGGUGAGGCCGUUGCUGUGAAAGAAGAAAAAGACGCGUUCAGAGUGAAAGAGGAGGAGGAUGUUACAGGAGGAAGAUGUUACAGGAGGAGGAUGUUACAGGAGGAGGAUGCAGUUUAUGGAUUGAAAGAGGAAGAGGGGGAGAUGACUGUUACAUCGAAGAAGGAGGAGGAGGAAACUGGAUAUCUGGGCCCGGUUUCCCAAACGCAUCUUAAGGCGUCCGAACGUUCUAACGCUGAAUUUAGCCAUAAGAUGGUUUUGAGAAACCGUUCCCUGAUUAACACGAGAGAGAGACGGUACUAUCGUGGAUCCUCUGGGGAGCCUCAACAACAUCAUGAUGCUGAAGAAGCAGAGAAGUGUCUCUCCAGAUCUCUUCCCACAGGGAAGAGAACUCACUGCUGCUCUGACAUUGGGAAGAUAUUCACCUCAUCAGGCAUUAAAAUUCAUCAGAGAAUCCACACAAGAGAGAAACCUUAUAGCUGUGGUCAAUGUUGGAAGAGUUUUGGUCAAUCUGGAGAGCUGACAGUGCACCAGAGAAUACACACAGGAGAGAAACCUUAUAGCUGUGAUCAAUGUGGGGAGUGUUUUGCUACAUCUAACCCUCUGACAGUGCACCAGAGAACACACACAGGAGAGAAACCUUAUAGCUGUGAUCAAUGUGGGAAGAGUUUUUCUACAUCUAAAGGUCUGACAGUGCACCAGAGAACACACACAGAAGAGAAAUCUUAUAGCUGUGAUCAAUGUGGGAAGAGUUUUGGUCAAUCUGGAGAGCUGACAGUGCACCAGAGAAUACACACAGGAGAGAAACCUUACAGCUGUGAUCAAUGUGGGAAGAGAUUUGCUACAUCUGGCUCUUUGACAGUGCACCAGAGAAUCCACACAGGAGAGAAAUCUUAUAGCUGUGAUCAAUGUGGGAAGAGUUUUGGUCAAUCUGGAGAGCUGACAGUGCACCAGAGAAUACACACAGGAGAGAAACCUUACAGCUGUGAUCAAUGUGGGAAGAGUUUUGCUACAUCUAAAGGUCUGACAGUGCACCAGAGAACACACACAGAAGAGAAAUCGUAUAGCUGUGAUCAAUGUGGGAAGGGUUUUCCUAGAUCUGACCAUCUGACAGUGCACCAGAGAAUACACACAGGAGAGAAAUCGUAUAGCUGUGAUCAAUGUGGGAAGAGAUUUGCUACAUCUGGCUCUCUGACAGUGCACCAGAGAACACACACAGGAGAGAAACCUUAUAGCUGUGGUCAAUGUGGGAAGAGAUUUGCUACAUUUGGCUCUCUGACAGUGCACCAGAGAAUACACACAGGAGAGAAACCUUAUAGCUGUGAUCAAUGUGGGAAGAGAUUUGCUACAUUUGGCUCUCUGACAGUGCACCAGAGAAUCCACACAGGAGAGAAACCUUAUAGCUGUAAUCAAUGUGGGAAGAGUUUUGGUCAAUCUAGAGAGCUGACAGUGCACCAGAGAAUACACACAGGAGAGAAAUCGUAUAGCUGUGAUCAAUGUGGGAAGCGUUUUCCUAGAUCUGACCAUCUGACUGUGCACCAGAGAACACACACAGGAGAGAAAUCGUAUAGCUGUGAUCAAUGUGGGAAGGGUUUUUCUAGAUCUGACCAUCUGACAGUGCACCAGAGAACACACACAGGAGAGAAACCUUAUAGCUGUGGUCAAUGUGGGAAGAGUUUUGCUAAAUCUAACCAUCUGACAGUGCACCAGAGAACACACACAGGAGAGAAACCUUAUAGCUGUGAUCAAUGUGGGAAGAGUUUUGGUCAAUCUGGAGAGCUGACAGUGCACCAGAGAACACACACAGGAGAGAAACCUUAUAGCUGUGGUCAAUGUGGGAAGAGUUUUGCUACAUCUAACUAUCUGACAGUGCACCAGAGAACACACACAGGAGAGAAACCUUAUAGCUGUGGCCAAUGUGGGAAGAGUUUUGCUACAUCUUACCGUCUGACAGUGCACCAGAGAAUACACACAGGCGAGAAACCUUAGCUGUGGUCAAUGUGGGAAGAGUUUUAGUCAAUCUGGAUAUCUGACAGUGCACCAGAGAAUACACACAGGAGAGAAAUCGUAUAGCUGUGAUCAAUGUGGGAAGAGAUUUGUUACAUCUGGCUCUCUGACACUACACCAGAG